GACUCCUGGAAGGGGAAGAGAGAGAGCGAGCGAGCGAGCGAGCGACUGACUCAGUCCUGCUGCAGAGAACUGACUCGAGGCGACGAAGGCAGACAUGGAACAUCAGCUGCUGUGCUGCGAGGUGGAGACCAUCCGACGAGCCUACCUGGAUGCCAACCUCCUCAAUGACAGGGUGCUGCAGACAAUGCUGAAGGCGGAGGAGACCUGCUCGCCCUCCGUCUCCUACUUCAAGUGCGUGCAGAAAGAAAUCUUGCCAUAUAUGAGGAAAAUAGUUGCCACUUGGAUGCUGGAGGUUUGCGAGGAGCAGAAGUGCGAAGAGGAAGUUUUCCCCUUGGCUAUGAAUUAUUUGGACAGAUUUUUGUCGUUUGAACCCCUCAAGAAAAGCCGAUUGCAAUUGCUCGGAGCUACCUGCAUGUUUGUGGCUUCAAAAAUGAAGGAAACUAUUCCUCUCACCGCAGAAAAACUGUGCAUUUAUACAGAUAACUCCAUUAGACCCGACGAAUUACUGCAAAUGGAGCUGCUGCUGGUGAAUAAGCUGAAAUGGAAUCUGGCUGCAAUGACCCCCCACGAUUUCAUUGAACAUUUCCUUACUAAAAUGCCUCUGGCAGAGGACACCAAGCAGAUCAUCCGUAAACAUGCUCAGACUUUUGUGGCUCUGUGCGCUACAGAUAUUAAAUUUAUUUCAAACCCACCCUCCAUGAUCGCAGCUGGCAGCGUGGUAGCAGCUGUGCAAGGCCUGCAUCUGGGGAACACUAACACUUUCCUCUCCUAUCAAUGCCUCACACAUUUCCUAUCACAAGUUAUCAAAUGUGAUCCGGAUUGUUUACGAGCCUGCCAAGAACAGAUUGAGUCCCUCCUGGAGUCCAGUCUACGCCAGGCACAGCAGCACAACGUAUCUUCAGAAACAAAGACUGUAGAGGACGAAGCAGACCUCUCCUGCACACCUACUGAUGUGCGAGACGUGAACAUUUAAAGAGGACUUCUUCUUAAAUGGAUUUGCUUGGCAAGAAAAGCAGACAAAGAAAGGGCAUCUGAGAAGGAAUCGGCAUCAGGAUCUCCCCCCCAGAAACCCUUUUCUCCAGGACAUUUUUAUACCAGAAGGGAAAACCAAUCUUGUUAUAUUUUUUUCUUGCUCUGUCUCCCUUCCAUCUGUGACUUCAAACAAACAAAUAAACAAAAAAUACCCCAAAAACUGUCUUAAAAAAAGAAAAAAAAUAGUAUUUGCAUUACCCCCAGGGGUUUGUGCUACAAAAAUAGAGGAUUUUAUACAAUAAUAAUCAACUAGUUUUUUAUAUUAAAGUGUUCUUGUCUGUAUGUUGUAAAAAUAGGCAUUAACACACGAAAUGUCUCCAGGGGAGGUAUUAGAUUUGAUUUCUUACAUAUAAAACAAACCAACCAACCAUUUUUAAAGUAGAAGAGGGUUUUUUUUUUUAGAUAGUAAAUGAAAUAUUCUUUUUCUUUAAAAAGCAUAGCUUUAACGCAGUUCUAGGCUUUUCUGUAUCUUGCUUGCUUAUGCAUUUAGUCACUUUAUAAUUCAUCUGUAAAUGUUUAUUUUAUUUC